UCCGCAGCGACAACGCCGUCUUGCCGUCAAUUUUCAGACUUUGUAUUAUUCGUCCCGCCAAUUUCUUUGCGUAGCUGAAUUGUAUAAUUUGUAAAGUAAGCAAAUUCUUUGAAAGUAAAACAUAUUUGUUUACAAGGACUUAUCACGUAGAAUAUUAAAUGUCAAAAGAUGUCCCGAUCUAGAACUCGUGCUGGCCUCAAUUUAGUCGAGAACUCCAGUACGACAUCGAAUGAAGAUCAGAGUUCAGAUUCUGAGGAGUUCCAAAAUUGUAGGCGCACACGGAUAUCAAAAAGUGAGACUCCUCUCAAAAACAAUAAUGCAAAUUCAAUGCAAAGUCAAGGUUAUUCACUGAGGAAACGAAACUCAUAUAGUUGCACUAGUGAUAAUGAAAUCGUUAAAAGCACUCCAUCAAAAAUGUCUCCUCGUAACGUGAAUCGGAAGAGAAAAGUUAGUUUCAGUGAAGAAGGGAGUGACGAACCUGAAAAUCGAAACCCUUCUCCAGAACUAGAAUACAAUGGCCCACCUAUAACUUAUAAACUUUAUGAGAUCAAUGGUGAAUCCAUAGUUGUAAAGAAGCCAUUGAAAACAAAUGUGAGAACAAGACUGAAAAGGUGUACAGAUAAUGACAUAUCUAAUAUCUUGAAUUCAGACGAUACUAAUUUUGAUAUUUCUGAUAAAGCAAACAAAACUAACACAGAAGCAGAAAUGCAGAUGAAAAGGAAUGACAGUGUUCGAACACCUCGUACUUCAAGAAAGAUAAUGGAAAAUGUAAAAAAUAACGAGGAAAUAGUAUUAAAUGGUACAAAUUCCAAAAACUUACAGAAAGUUGUAUUAACAAAAAUUACGAAAGACUCAAUAAAAAAUAAUAAUGAAACUUCCCUGAAAAUUAAAUUAAGAAGAUCGACAGAACAGAGUAAUUACAAGAUACAAACAGUAUCCAACUACGUUAACAGUGAUAAUAAAACUACACCUGUGACUCCCAAAAAUAAAGAGUCAAAGUCUCUGCAUUCUCAUAACAUGAAAUGUAAGUUUAAUGAAGAUGAAAAUAAAAUACCCAAUGAGGAACAAUCUAUUAAUCAAUUAAAUGAAAACUAUCGAAGAUCUACAAGAAUUCGAACACCUUCAAAAUUAUUACAAUCACAAACUGUUAAUUUAAGACCCAGGCGAAUGGUACAUUAUAAUGAAAAUAAUCUAAUUGAAAGUGUAGACUUAAAAGCAGAUACAUUUGAGAAAUCUGAUGAGUAUAGAAAUCCAUCAGUAACAGAUACAAUAAAUUUGAAACAAAAUGCUGUAGAUACACUACACACUCCUAGAAAGUCAAGUUUGCGGAAAUGUAGGGAACGUGUACCUCAAACACCUCAAAAACAAAACAAGGAUGGAAAGGACUUCCAUCCUAAUGUACCUGUAUCUGUUGAGACUAAACGCUUGUCUAAAAAUAUUACCCCUAAAAAACAGCGUAUCUUAAAAAGUUGUGAAAAUGAGGAAGAUCAUAUUAAAGAUACAAUUACAGCUUCACCUGCUAAAAAUUUUGAAAGCGAUAUAUUAGGUGAUGAGUCUCUUAUUACUAGAACACCAAGAAGAAGACCUAAUAGCUAUAAUGAAAGCGAUAUUAAAAGGGAAUUAGAUAAUAACGAUGAUGUGGAGUUACCCAGAACACCUAAAAGUAAAAGAUUAUUAAAUGAGGCAGACUGUUCUCAAAAUAAUAAACAAAUCAGAAAUGUGGAAAAAACCCCAAAACGACGACUGUCUUCAAAACCUUGCACGCCGAAUUUUAAAAAAGGUGGCUUAACGCCUUCCAUGAAACAGAGAAAUGCAAAUAUUAUAAAGCCAUCCACUACCCUUCAACAAGCAAGAGCUAAAUUGCAUGUUAGUGCUGUUCCAAAAUCACUGCCUUGUAGAGAGGAAGAAUUCAAUAUUAUCUAUACAUUUUUACACAGAACAUUAACAGAUAAAAGUGGAGGGUGUAUUUAUAUAAGUGGAGUACCAGGGACCGGUAAAACUGCUACAGUAAAUGAGGUGAUACGAUGUUUAAGAAAACUGGUUACAAAAGGAGAUUUAGAGCAUUUUGAAUUUGUGGAAAUCAAUGGCAUGAAAUUACCUGAACCUAGACAAGUCUUUGUUCAAAUAUUGAAACAGCUAACAGGACAAACGAUGGCAUGGGAACAGUCAUUGAAGUUACUUGACAAGAAAUUUACAGCUCGAUCCAACAAAAACUGCAUGACCCUUUUACUCAUUGAUGAGCUGGAUUUGUUAUGUAACAAACGCCAAGAUAUUGUAUAUAAAUUGCUGGAUUGGCCCACAAAAGCUGCAGCGCACCUUGUUGUUAUUACAAUAGCAAAUACAAUGGACUUACCUGAAAGAGUCCUAAUAGGAAGAAUAACAUCAAGAUUAGGUCUUACACGCUUGACAUUUCAGCCAUAUAAUUUUAAACAACUACAAGAAAUUGUCAUGGCAAGAUUAAAAGACUCUGAUGCAUUCCGAAGUGAAGCUAUACAAUUAGUAGCUAGAAAAGUAGCUGCAGUCUCUGGCGAUGCUCGGCGUGCUUUAGAUAUAUGUCGACGUGCCACUGAAAUUGCAGAAAUGUCUAAUGGAAGAACUGUUUCAAUGUCCGAUGUAAAUGAAGCGUUGUCAGAAAUGAUAGCAAGCACCAAAGUGCAAGCUAUUAAACAUUGUUCAGAAAUGGAGAAAACGUUUCUACAAGCUGUAUGUGCUGAAGUGACACGAACAGGAGUUGAGGAGACAAGCUUCAUAAAUGUAUAUAAACAAUUGGAGGCAUUGUGUUCAUUUGACGGAGUAAAGCCACCUAAUAUAACACAAGCAUUGGCGAUUUGCGGUAGACUUGGUGCAAGCAGGCUAUUAUUGUGUGAACAUUCAAGAGCUGAUAUAUACCAGAGGAUUUUGCUAAAUGUUUCGUCAGACGAUAUUCACUUUUCAUUACAGAAUUCAAACGUCUGAAAUAUAGAAUUUUUAUAAAUACUUUAUGAAUGAGACAUGUACAAAAACAAGACUGCUUUCUCUAAAAGGAAAGAAAUGAUUCAUCUAGAUAUCUAUAUUUUGGAGAACGUUUAUUAUCUGAAUGCUGAGGAUAGAUACAAUGUGUUAUUGCAAUAAUUUGAUGUACUGUACUACAAAUGGUCAAAACUCAUACUUUGUUACGUUUUUACUUUUAGAUGAAAAAUGUGUACGCACUAAACAUAUUUUGAUGUAUUUAAUUUUUAAGGAAUUCAUGUUUGAUAGAAUUUAAAUAUCGAUUGAAAUCAUAUUGACACACAAAUGAAUGUAUUAGCCAUUCUCCGCUAAAUGGAGCUGGUCAAGAGUUUAUGUUCGACCAAUAAUUGAUAAAUCAUUUAAUAUUUUCCUUUUAUUAAUAAUUAAUAUGUUAAUAAGUUUUAUAGCUGUGACCUCAAAUAUAGUUUUUUUGCUUUUUGAAA